AUGAUACCUGAAAUACAGUCUGGAUUUCGCACUGGGUACAGCACCGCAACUGCGCUUGCAAAAGUAUCCGACGACAUUCUUUGUGAAUCAGACAAAGACAUGGGAACAACAGUAGACGAAGAUGUGACACACAGAGUGAACACCGCAUGGCUACGGUGGCGAGCAUUAUCUAGAGUCCUCUGUGACAACAGAAUGCCUUUAAAGACCAAGGGAAAGGUGUAUAAAACCGCGGUUCGCCCUGCUUUGUUGUACGGCGCGGAGUGCUGGGCGACAAAAAGGACGCAUGAGCAAAAACUGCACGUCAACGAGAUGAAAAUGUUGAGAUGGGCAGCAGGUGUAACAAGACUCGAUAAAGUGCGUAAUGAAUACAUCAGAGGCAGUUAUAAGGUCGCCCCUAUAACAGACAAAAUGACGGAAGGCAGACUACGGUGGUACGGGCACGUUAUGCGGCGCGGUGACGAUCACGCCGUGCGAAAAGCCUUGGCACUCCAUGAACAUAAAAGAAGAAGAGGACGCCCUGCUUCCACGUGGUGGACGACGGUGGCCAAGGAUAUUAAAAACGCAAAUCUAAUUGACGUGACAACCCAAGACAGAGAGUCCUGGCGCAGAAAGACAAGAAGAGCCGACCCCAAAUGA